GGGGGUGAGGGGAGGAGGAGGAAGGAGGGAGGCAGUGCUCCGGCGGCUCCGCGCCCCGCACUCCGGGACCCGGAGCCGGGAAGGAGUUAAAUAAUGGCAGAGACAAGUCUGCUAGAGGCUGGAGCCUCUGCAGCCUCCACAGCUGCCGCUCUGGAGAACCUGCAGGUGGAGGCCAGCUGUUCUGUGUGCCUGGAGUAUCUGAAGGAGCCGGUGAUCAUUGAAUGUGGGCACAACUUCUGCAAAGCGUGCAUCACCCGCUGGUGGGAGGACCUCGAGCGGGACUUCCCCUGCCCCGUGUGUCGGAAGACGUCCCGGUACCGAAGUCUCCGGCCCAAUCGACAGCUAGGCAGUAUGGUGGAAAUCGCCAAGCAGCUCCAGACAGUCAAACGGAAAAUCAGGGAUGAGAGCCUCUGCUCCCAGCACCAUGAAGCCCUCAGCCUCUUCUGCUAUGAAGACCAGGAGGCCGUCUGUCUGAUAUGUGCGAUCUCCCAUACCCACCGGGCCCACACCGUCGUGCCACUGGAUGAUGCUACACAGGAAUACAAGGAGAAACUGCAGAAGUGCCUGGAGCCCUUGGAACAGAAGCUGCAGGAGAUCACCUGCUGCAAAGCCUCCGAGGAAAAGAAACCAGGGGAGCUCAAGAGACUAGUGGAGAGCCGCCGACAGCAAAUCUUGAAGGAGUUUGAGGAACUCCACCGGCGCCUGGAUGAGGAACAGCAGACGCUCCUGUCACGGCUGGAGGAAGAGGAGCAGGACAUUCUACAGAGACUUCGGGAAAAUGCUGCUCACCUCGGGGACAAGCGCCGGGACCUCGCCCACUUAGCUGCUGAGGUGGAGGGCAAGUGCUUGCAGUCAGGCUUCGAGAUGCUUAAGGAUGUGAAAAGUACCCUGGAAAAAUGUGAGAAGGUGAAGACCAUGGAGGUGACUUCAGUGUCUGUGGAGCUGGAGAAGAACUUCAGCCAUUUCCCCCGCCAGUACUUUGCCCUGAGGAAAAUUCUUAAACAGCUCAUUGCUCCCCCACUCUGGCUUCUCCCGCCAGCGGAUGUGACCCUGGACCCCGAGACAGCUCAUCCUAACCUCGUCCUGUCAGAGGAUCGGAAGAGUGUCAAGUUUGUGGAGACAAGACUCCGAGACCUCCCUGACACACCACAGCGUUUCACUUUCUACCCUUGUGUCUUGGCUACUGAAGGCUUCACCUCAGGUCGACACUACUGGGAGGUGGAGGUGGGUGACAAGACCCACUGGGCAGUGGGAGUAUGCCGGGACUCUGUGAGCAGAAAGGGCGAACUGACCCCGCUCCCUGAGACUGGCUACUGGCGCGUGCGGCUGUGGAACGGGGACAAAUAUGCAGCCACCACCACACCAUUCACCCCUUUGCACAUCAAGGUGAAACCUAAGCGAGUGGGCAUAUUCCUCGACUAUGAGGCUGGCACGCUGUCCUUCUACAACGUCACAGACCGCUCACACAUCUACACCUUUACUGAUACUUUUACUGAAAAACUCUGGCCCCUCUUCUACCCAGGGAUCCGGGCUGGUCGGAAGAACGCUGCACCACUUACCAUCAGGCCCCCAACCGAUUGGGAGUGACGAGAUGUGCAGCUUCAUUGGGGUGAGGCAGGGUCAAGAGUGAUGGGCCUUUCUAACUGUGGCCUGCUGGAAUGUCUUGGUGUCUGUGUGGGUCCAGUCCUGAGCCAUCUUGAGAAACCACCUGAUCUCUGGGAUGGUUUGUGUGAAGGAGUAAAGAUAGGGCUGGGCUGCAUGGCAGAGCACAGAUGAGUGUCCCUCCUUCCUGUAGGGGAGAGUGGGCUCCCGGGGUCGUGACCUCUGGUGUCCAGCGGGGUUCCUAUUGCACAGGGGACAGGUUGGGAAAGAAAAGGCUUUUCCAGAAACAAAAAGUCUAUAUUGAAAGGGUCUUAACUUGCUUAAAAUGCAGGAAACAGAAACCUUCCCGAGGCUUCUGUGACUCAGAUUCGCUUUGUCCCUUGUGGGAGCACAUAGGGAUCUGCAUACUUGUGUCACGUCUAGAAGUUGAGGGGUGCUUGUUUCUG